AUGAUGGUGAAGAAGAGAAUGAGGGUAAGAGCUAUGGUGACGAUAAGUAUGAGUACACAUUUGCCUCGUUUGUCUAAAAUGGACAUAAACACAGACACAGACUCCAAUCUACACAAAGGAAAAUCAUAG